AUAUGGCUCACACGAUCAAACAAAUCAAUGCUACUUUUGAGCGUAUGAAGAAAACGGCAACAGAGCUUGGCAUUCAAAGCAUGGUCGUGAGUGCACCUGUUGCUAUUACUCAUACUUCCAUUGAGACGGAUUCGGUCAGUCUUGAUCCAAUCUUCAUUGGAAGAGAUGAUGAUGUGCCUAAACUAGUUCACAUGCUCACUCAGAUCCAAGGUGAUCGGAUCUUUUCCAUGGUUGCUCUUGUCGGAAUGGGGGGUAUGGGGAAGACUACGUUGACUAGGAAUGUCUUUAACCAUGAAAGCUUAAAGGCUCGAUUUGGAUCACUUAUUUGGGUUCAUGUUUCCCAAACUUUUGAUCCAAUCAGUCUUUUCAACAAAAUCUAUUCAACGUUGACUUCAAAUACUGGUGAUAGAGUUGAGAUCAAGGAAGUUAUCCUGAAAAGGCUUAAAGAAGUUCUCAAUUCUAAAACUUAUAUUCUUGUUCUUGAUGAUGUCUGGAAUGAAGAUGUUCAAAUGUGGGAAGACUUUAUAAAUUCCAUGUCUGGAGUUACUUCCACUACGGGAAAUGGCAUUUUGAUCACUACCAGGAGUGAAAAAGUUGCUUCUACUGUUAACCCAUUUCAUAUUCAUCAUUUGAAUGGCUUAUCAGAUGAAGACUGUUGGUCCAUAAUCAAGGCCAAAACUUUUGAUAAGAAUGGUGAAGUUCCAUCCGGAUUUGAGAUGGUUGGAAGAAAGAUUGCUAAAAGAUGUCGGGGUUUGCCUUUAGCUGCCAAUGUAGUCGGAGGAGUGCUUCGCUGUAAGUCCGAAGAAGAGUGGCGCUCCAUCAAUGAAACUUGGAUUUCAGAUGACGAAGAAGGUCAAAAUAUCUCAAAAAUAUUGAUAUUGAGUUUUGAUCACUUGUCUUUACCAUCGCUCAAGAAGUGCUUCACGUUUUGUUCGGUUUUCCCCAAAGGUCGGAAAAUUCGGAAGGAGGAGUUGAUUGAACUAUGGAUGGCAGAAGGGUUUCUUCAACCAAGCCGAAGAAAUGACAUGGAGUCCGUGGGCGACAUGUAUUUUAAUGUGCUUCUACAGAACUCUUUGUUGCAAAUUCAAAUGAGUGAUGAUUAUGGAAAUGCUUCAGAGUGUGUGAUGCAUGAUCUGGUGCAUGAUCUUGCAUCUUCUGUCUUAUCCAAUAAUGAAGAUGGUAGCACUCCAUUUCGAUACAUGUUUCUCAACCAAGAAUCAAGUCCUAUUCCGGAAAAAGUGGCUAAGCAUUUGCGCACAGUAUUCUUGGAUUGUGAAACUUUUGAUGCGAAGUUGUCAAACUUUGAAUGUCUGCAUAAUCUGACUCUUUCGGUUGAUUAUAAAGAGCUGCCCGAUUCAGUUAGGGAGUUGGUACAUUUGAGAAAUCUGAAUAUUUCAGAUACAUAUAUUAACAAGUUGCCCAAGUGGAUUGGUAAACUCCAUCACUUGCAAACAUUAAGAGCAUGCCGGGAGUUAGAGAAUCUGCCAAGUACGUUGAAGCAUAUGUUUAACUUAAGGCAUCUUCAUAUCUAUUCUCAUACAAAGUUGCCAGAGGAGAUUGGGAGAUUAACUAGUCUUCGUACACUCCCUUACUUCACAGUAGGCAAAGAGAAGGGCUUCCAAAUUGAAGAGCUCGGAAGUUUGAAUAAUCUCAAAGGAUCACUAGAGAUUAAAGAUCUGGAGAUGGUGCCUGAUAAGGAAGAGGCUCAGAAAGCAAAUAUAUUUCAGAAACCAAACUUAUUUGAUUUGGCGUAUGCGUGGAGUGAUGAUAGAGAAAAUGAAAGAAACGAUGAGAGUGUGUUGGAAGGCCUCCAACCUCAUCCAAAUCUGAAGAAGUUGAAGAUUUCAGGAUUCAAAGGAAAAAGAUUUCCAACAUGGACUGAGAAGAUGGCAGUACGUGAUUGGCCUCAUUGCUCUUGGGUACCGCUUCCCAACUUGAUUAAAAUAAAACUCGUGGAGUGCUCAGAAAUAGAGGAAAUCCCAACGCUGGAGCACUUGCCUAAUCUCAAGUCUCUUUCUUUGAAAAAAUUGAAGAAGGUGAGGUUCAUAAAUGCUUCGUCCAAUCAUUUAACAUCACUCAAAAUAGAAGAGUUAGAUAGAUUGGAAUGUCUGCAAUGGUUUUUUCAUAACAAUCAGGAUCUCUCAUAUUUGUAUAUAUCAAAAUGUCGUGUUUUGAGAGAAUUACCAAAUGGCUUGAACACCCUCCAUUCUUUGGAGAAUUUGUUUAUUUUUUAUUGUGAGAAUCUGAAGUCGAUUGGGAAUCCAAGUGGCGGAGCACGACAAUCACAGGGGAUUCUUCGUAGGCUGAGUAUUGAAAGGUGCGGAGAGCUGAUGGAAUUGCCGUGUGAAAUGCUCGAGUCGUGGGCCCCUACAAUUGAGGAACUUGCAUUGGAAGGAUUAAGGAGGCUAAAGAAUCUACCAAUGCUAAUUGACUGCCUCGCUAAAUCAUCUCGUCGUCUCAUACAUUUGACAAUCAGAGGUGUUCCUAAAUUGAAGGCUGGUAGUAGUGGUAGUGUUGAGAGUUGGGAUCUUAGCAGCUUGAAAACAUUAAGCAUAGAUGUGAGUGUGGAAUGGUCAAGAGAGGAUAGUGUUGGCAUUGCAGAGACUGUGGAAGGGAUGCUGCAAAGAUGCUCCAACUCACUUACUGACUUAGAAUUGAAGGGGAUGGAAAAUUGGGAGUGGCUGCCCCAAUCAAUUCAACAUCUCACCUCUGUUUAUAUAUUAAUAUUGGAGAAUAUAGGAGUAGAAGAAUUGCCCCAAUGGUUGUGGAACCUCUCAUCUUUAAGAAGGUUAUAUCUAUGGAAUUGCAACAAGUUGAAGCGUCUGCCCUCUGUGGAUGAUUCGAAUAAAUUAGAAUGGUUAUAUAUAAGUGAUUGUCCGGAACUACGCAUUGAUUCGGAGUGGCGCAGCCACCAUCGCCAUCUGCAAAUCGAGGUCGAUGGCCAGCCCGUGUGAAUGUUUUAGCAAUUCCAGCUGACGAGCUUAGAAAGUCACGGUCUCAGAAUGACCUGAUAUUCACACAAGACUUGUGAAACAAACUAAGGAAUGAAAAGUUGGAUUUCGCUGGAGUGUUGAUGCAUGGGUUCGCACCUCAUAUAAAUAGUGGAAAAACUGUAUUUUGAGUACAUGAAAGAGAGGGAUCAGAAUAGGUGUGAUUCCGCUUGGAAUCCGGCAAUGGCUCCGUCGUUAGCUGGCAGAUGAGGCAAUGAAGAGGAAGUGGCGGCGACGCUGCUGUGCAGGAGGGGUUAUGGGGCCGGGCACACCACCCGUGAUGGAGCACACCUGCUGCUGCGGCGCAACCGCUGCCCAACCCGCUGGAGUCCUGGACUGACACGCUGGCAAGCCCGAUACCUGAGAGUCACAAUUUAAUAAAGGUUUGAGGAGGGUAUUGAACUAUGAUGAAUCAAUUUCUGAGUUCACCAAUUUGGAUCGAAAAGCAUGCUCUGAUGCCAUGUUGAAAGGCUAGUUUUUUAUUCAUCUCGAUGGCUCUUUUACAAUGAAGAGUGGAGGCUACCUAAAUACACAAUGAGAUCUUCUAUACAUGUUUGGCUUCUGUUCAGUGGGAUCCAUGCGGGUCCAAAUAAUUAACAAUUAAUCGAAUCGAAUACCUUGACGCAGUGAUCAGUCUCGAUAAGUAAGAGUGUGUUCUUCUAUUCAUCUGAUACAAGCUCUGCCUUCCCGCCUCUCCUCUUUCUGUUAUUCAUCUGCCGUGUCUGCCAACUGCGAUUCAUUUCUUCAAAUAUCUAAGUAGUGUCUUAGAUCAAAAAAUACAAUUCAAGCUUUUAAACUCAAUAUCUAAAUACAGAAGUUUAACACUCAAAUAAGAACUUUUACACUCUUAAA